AGGGAGGCGCCCCGGGACCCGGAGGCGGCUGGACCCCGGGCCGUGGCGCGCGCUGCCUCCUCGCCCUCCGCGCGGGGCUCGCUCCGGGGCAGGGGCGAGGCCCGGGGAGCAGCGGGGCUGCCAUGGGGGAGCCGGAGGCCGCGGCUGAGGACCUGGAAGCCCUCAUCGACGAGCUGGACUACCUGCCGGGCCACUUCCACCUGGAGAUGCAGCUCAACUUCGAGCCGCGCUCACCGGCCUCGCUCCACGCCCGGGACCUGAAGCUGCAGCAGGACGGCCUGCGACAGGAGCUCGAGCUGGCGGCCGCCCCGCAGCGCCCCGCCGUGCGCCACCUGCUCGGCGCCCUCGCCUUCCACCUGGAGGAGCUGGACGAGGCCCGCGAGCGCUUCCUCGAGGUGGCCCACGAGGACCCGGGCAACCUCAACGCCUGGGCCAACCUGGCGCACGUGUCGGGGCGGCUGGGCCGAGACGAAGAGGAGGAGGCGUGCGCCGGGCGGCUGGCGGCGCUCAUGGGGCUGGCGGCCGAGUCCGGGGCGGCGGGGGACCCCCAGCUCCGCGCCGCGCGCUGCCUGGCGGAGCAGGGCUACGCGCACGGCCUCGACGUGGGCUGCACCAGCCUGGAGGAGCGGGCACGGGUGCUGGCCGCGGGCAUCGCGCUCUACGACAAAGCCCUGGGCUACGGGCAGCAGAUCCCAAUGGAGGAGAAAAGGGGCUGGUACUUCACCAUGGCAACACUCUUCAUCAGGCUAGAUGGCAUCUUCCUAGAGCUGGGCAGCGAGGAGCAGAAGAGGCUGCCCGCCUUCAACCGCACGUUGGCCCUCCUCCGGCAAGUGCUCAAGUCUCCGGACCCCCACUACCAAGCUCUGGCCUGGUGCUACCUCGGGAUACUUCUGGAGAGGAAGGACACCUUCUCCACCACCCCGAUGGGUGUCCAUGACUGCGGGUACUCAGGAACCGACCCCCUGGACUGCUUCGGCAAGGCCAUUGAGAUAGCCAAGGAUCAACCCCUCAUCCUGAAUCGCCUGGCCAAAAUCUUCCACUUCCUAGGAAAGCAGGAUAUGGCCAUUGGAACCUGCAACAUGGCUCUAGAUAUCCUACGAGAUCCAGAGCUCAACUGGCAGGCGUACUGCACAAGAGCCAAGAUCCACCUCAGAGCCUACCUGCAUGACCUGGAGCGAGCCAAGAUGGGGCUCGGGGGCAUGCCUGACAGGAACCACCUGGCUUGUGCCAAGGCCGACCUGGAGGAAGUGGUCAAGGUGUGUCCAAGCCUCAAGACCUACCUGGACAUCGGCCAGGUCUACUACUACAUGGGCGUGGACGCCGUGCAGGAGCUGCUGGCGGUGGACGAGGCGGCGCUGAACCAAGCGCUGGUCUUCCUGGCCAAGGCCAGCGAGUCGGAGCUGGGCGCCACGCUGCCCGAGCUGCAGCUGCUGCGCGGCAAGUGCCUGCGCAUCAAGGGCGAGGACGCCAACGCGGCGGCCUGCUUCAAGCGCGCCGUGGAGCUGGACGACGCGGGCUCCUGCCACACCGAGGGCUUCGGCUGCCUGCUGCAGGCGCUGCUGGCGCAGUGGAGCCAGGCGCAGCUGAGCGACGCCGAGCUGGGCCGCGAGGUGGACAAGUGGCUGCGCCGCGCCCAGGGCAAGUACCCCGCGGCGCGCCUGCGCCAGGAGCUGCAGCGCGUGUGGCGCGGCCACACGGGCGAGGUGCUGGGGCUGGCUCGGGCCUUGGUGGCCCAGGGACGGCCCGCGCUGGUGCGGCUGCUCUUCGAGACCAUGGAGCAGGACGGCGAGGGCGCCAGCGUGCCGCGGGGCCGCCGCGCCUUCUCCCUCUAAGGGCC